AUCCCAAUACCAUUCCACGUGAACUAUACAUAUAAUUACUAUACUACAUUAAUUUCAUUCCAUAUCUUAUUGGGUACCCUUCGUCCGUGUUUCAAGUGUUAUAAAGUUGCAUCAACAUACUUUGCACCCAUUGCUGCAACUGUGGGGUGGGUCGUGCGAACCAAAAUGGAGAUUUGAAAAAUUCUUGAAUAUGCCUUAGUUAAUUUAAGAUAUACAAAUACCAUUAAGGGAUGAGUAGGCGACCGAUAUCCGUGGAAGAGCUUCUAGAAGAAGAUGUGGAUUUAACAGGGGGUGUGAGGAGAAGAAUAAAUGGAAUUAGUAACAGGAUUGUUCCUGGAGUUGGAGAUAAACCUGUAAAGUUUCUUUCUAAAGCCGAAAGAGAGAGGUUAAGUAUUGAGAAGAAGUUGAAACAGGAAGCAGAAGAGAAGAAAAAUCGAGAACAGAUUUCUGAAAAGCAAAGGCUACAGAUACGGAAACAUCAACAAGAGGAAGAGUAUAGGCAACAAUAUCAGCAAGAUGACGAGAGAGCCACUAAUAAGAAGGAAGAAACAAUAAGGAAGAAGAGAAGGAAAUUUAAUUUUGAAUGGGAUGAAGAAGAAGAUACUUCGAAUGACUAUAAACCAAUGAUAGUGACAGAAUCUCGAAUAAGGAAAGAUGUAGAGGAUGAUAUUGUUAAUGAUAAACAUUGGAGUGAAAAGAAACUCGAAGAUAUGACAGUACGUGAUUGGAGAAUAUUCAAAGAAGAUUUCAGUAUCAUUUAUAAGAAUGUUUCGAAUGAUAUCAAACCAUUAAGAGACUGGACAGAAACAAAUAUAAUAUCAUCUAAGAUUGUUAACAUUAUCAAUAAUUUAUCUUAUGUCGAACCUACACCAAUUCAACGAGCUUCUAUACCUAUAACUCUAAGUAAUCAAGAUGCUAUUGGGAUAGCUAAAACUGGUUCAGGUAAAACCCUUGCCUUUUUGGUACCCCUUUUAACAUAUAUUCUCAAUAUUGAUAGGAAUUAUUUCGAAUUUGAACACAAGCAACAGGAAGAGUUUAAUAAACCACUAGGAUUGAUUUUAGUUCCCACAAGAGAAUUAGCAUUACAAAUCUCCAAAGAAGCUGAUAAAUUUUGUAAACCAUUAUCCAUAAACGUUGUAACUAUAAUUGGUGGACAUAAGUAUGAAGAAACAAUCAGUUCUAUUGGUAAUGGAGUUCAUAUAGUUGUGGCAACUCCUGGUAGAUUAAUUGAUUCUUUAGAACAAAAUAUUAUAUCACUUGAUAAAUGCUAUUAUUUAAUUAUGGAUGAAGCAGAUAGAAUGAUUGAUAUGGGAUUUGAAGCUAGUUUAACAAGUAUUUUUAAAUAUCUUCCCAGUCAAGAACAAUUAAUCUCAAGUAUCGAUUCUAAAAUCUUUGGAAUAGAUAAGAGAGUAACAUUGAUGUUUACUGCUACUAUAACUCCAAUUAUAGAGAAAAUCACUAAAAAUUAUCUAUAUAAACCAGCAUAUAUAACGAUAGGACAAGUUGGUGAAGCAACAGACAAUAUUGAUCAAGAAUUUGAGUACAUGAAUUCAGUAAUUGAAGACCCUCAAGAAUUAGAUGAGUCAAGAUUUAAGAGAUUACUUACUGUCAUUAAUGGUCACGAACGGAAACUUGAACCAAUGAUUCCUUCCAUUAUAAUCUUUGCAAAUUACAAAAAAGUUUGUGAUGCUUUAGCUACAAAGCUUGCUGCAAAUGGUUGGAAAGAUACAGUGGUUAUACAUGGAUCUAAGAAUCAAGAAAAUAGAGAGUGGUCGAUCAAUAAUUUCCGGAAUCAUGAGUCGAGAGUUCUUAUUGCUACUGAUGUUGCCGCCAGAGGUAUUGAUGUUUCAGAUGUUUCAUUAGUAGUUAAUUUUCAAAUGGUAACAAAAUUUGAAGAAUAUAUUCAUAGAAUAGGUAGAACUGGUAGAGCUGGAAAGAAAGGGCUUGCAUAUAGUUUUAUUGAUGACUCAAAUCGAGAUAUAUUCUUAAACUUGAAAAAGUAUUUAACAAAAGGUGGAAAGAAGUCGCCUGAUUGGUUGAUGAGGGCCACACAGACCCAAAAUUUACGAGAUUAGAAAUGUAUAAUUACAUUUUUUUUAUUAAUAGAGUUUAUAAUAUAAUUAAUCAU